UCACCCGAUUCUGCAGAAACCCUAGUUGUAUUAUGCGCUUGCUCAUUUUCCUCCCUGCGUAUGUGAUAGAAACUUAUAUCUUUGAACUUUUUGUUUUUCCUAAGGAUGUAGUUGCGCAUCAUCCCAAUGUUGUUUCUAGGGGUGUAAGCAUUCUCAUUGUUAAUCAUAUCAACAAGUUAUUUUUUUCUAAAUCCAUCUCUAGUUUGUCAUACCCGUUAUCGAUCGUGAGUUCAAUAGCCAUUUUAAUCGCCAUCGCCUCAGCCGCUAAGAGAUCUUUUUCGCCAGCUAAGCUCCAACCUAUUUCCUCCUUUAUAUCAUUUUCCUUAUUUAAUAGCUUCGAGUACCCAUCUUCCUUCGAUUCGGAGGCUCACACCGGUGUGACACUGACCUCGAUGGUUAUGUUUGAGGUACCCCUCAAUUCCUCAAUCUUCGCCUUUAUAUGGGUUAGCUUGGCCCUUUGCAUGUGGUGGUUUCCGUUUCCUAGAGCCCAGUCCUUCGAAAUAAGGUUGUUGUGGUGGUUAUUCUCCCUUUUGAUGCACCCGUGUAUGUCAUAUCUACUAUUCUUGUCGGGAGAGUUCUCUUUGUUGUUGGAUCCCAUUGUUGGUGUCUCCUCUCAGUUUGGUAGCUCUUGUUCAUAUCUUGGCUAUUCUCCUCCUCAGUCGGUGGCACCUAUUUUCCAGGCUGUUUUGAUCACUACGUCCACUUUUAGUAGGUCUAUCUUUGAGAAGCCUUUUGGUGGAAGAAACUAGUGUUCAUGUCCCAUUCUCUUAGCCAGUGCAUCUUUUUCCCUUUGGACCCACCAAAUGUCCUCUUGUGGAAGGGUUUCCAAAUUCCUUUUUACCCCAGUGCCAAAGGUUAUCCAAAGUAAGAUGGAGCUUUCCUAUGGUAUUUGUAGUGUAAUGGUCAUUCCAUAUUUGCUCAAUAACCUUAUAAAUUUUUAGGGUUUCCAUUCAUAUCUUCUUAAAUCUUUUGGGUUUAGCUUUUUGUCUUCUAGAAUCUUUUUGGUGGAGAUCUGAGUGGAAUUCAAGAAGAAUAGAGUUGUGAUCAAAUGUUAGUCUAGGAAGGUGAGUGUUAGUAUAGUAAGGGAAAAUGUUGAUCCACCCCUGAUAAGCCAUGAACCUAUCAUGUCUUGCAGAUAUGAAAUCAUUUCCUUGUUAGUUAUUUCACCAAGUCCCUAUGUUUCUUGUAAAACCUAGAUCAAUAAGUUGG